CAGCUUUACUAACCAGCUGCCAUGGAGAUCAGCAAAACUCGCACACGGAUCCGGAGAACUACACUAAACAUCUACUUUCUUCGUGUUAUCUUACUGGCGGUGGUCAUCGGUUCCGUAUCUCUUAUCGCCGUGUUCUGGUUGGGAUCAGAAUCACACGACCUGUACCAGAGGAGGUUCCCCAAAGACCUGAACAGCAACGAAGUGGUCCAGAUCCCCUCGGAUACGAACAUUUCUCAGCGGGACACGCGAUGCACGUUUCACUCAUGUGUGGAGGUCUAUCACUGUGGCUAUAAUGAUCCCAUGAUCACGGUGUACAUUUAUCCAAUCAAGCAUUACCACGAUGACAGCGGAAACGUUAUGCAUGCUCACCGGUCGGUGGAGUUUGACGAGAUUCUGCAGGCAAUUGUUGAUAGUCCAUUUUAUAGCAAUGACCCAGACACUGCGUGCAUCUAUGUUCCCUCUCUUGAUAUUCUGAAUCAAAACCGAAUUAGUGUGAAAGACACUUCCAAGAUACUGGCUUCUCUUCCUUACUGGAACGGGGGUUCAAACCACCUGAUCUUCAACAUGCUGCCCGGGAGUGUGCCCGACUAUAGCACGGUGGUGGAGGUCGCGUCGGGUCGCACCAUCAUCGCCGGGGCCGGCUUCUCCACCCUGUCUUACAGAUACACCUUCGAUGUGUCUAUCCCCAUCUACAACCCACUGGUGGCCCAUAUUAACCUGCCAAAUAAAUCAUAUCUAGAGAAGAGGGAGUGGCUGGUGGUAUCCACUCAGACAGGCCUACAUCCAGAGUACCGCAGCAUUCUUCAGGAGUUGGCUGAAGACGACAAGAGUUUUCUCGUCACUCAUAAAUGUCACACUGAUGAGGCACACUUGAAUGUGACAAAACGAUGUCGCCAGACUCAAGUCUAUAACUAUCCUCAAAUCCUACAGGACUCGACGUUCUGCUUGGUGAUUCGAGGUGCGCGGCUGGGUCAGCCGACGUUCAUCGAUGUCCUGAAGGCUGGCUGUAUCCCCGUUAUCGUGGCUGAUGGUUAUGUUCUGCCCUUCUCUGAAGUCUUGGACUGGAAGAGAGCGUCAGUUGUGAUACGUGAGGACGACCUUGGUGAGCUGCUGAAUGUGGUGCGGCGAUUCAGCAUGGAGCGCGUCUACCACAUGAGGCAGCAGGUGAAGUUCUUCUGGCAGAAGUACUUCAACUCCAUGAAGGUGAUCACACUAACCACUCUUCAGGUGAUCAAUGACCGGGUGUUUCCAUUCGCUGCCAGGUCCUAUGAAGACUGGAAUGAUAUUCCAAACAAAAAUGUGGUGAAGAAUCCACUGUUUCUUCCUCUCAUUCCUCCCAAGUCUCAGGGCUUCACUGCAGUCAUACUCACGUACGACCGCCUGGAGUCUCUCUUUGACGUGAUCAGACAGGUGGCCAAGGUGCCAAGUCUGGCCAAAGUUGUCGUGGUUUGGAACAACCAAAAUAAGGCACCUCCACCAAUGUCUUCUUGGCCAUACAUUGGGAAACCUGUGAAGGUGGUGAGAACUAACAAGAACAAGCUAAGUAACAGGUUUUUUCCCUAUGAUGAGAUCGACACAGAAUGCAUUCUGGCUUUGGAUGAUGACAUAGUGAUGCUGACUGCUGAUGAACUGGAGUUUGGAUAUGAGGUGUGGCGAGAGUUUCCCGACCGCCUCGUUGGGUUUCCAUCACGAUUACACAUGUGGGACAAUGCGACACAGAAGUAUCACUACGAGUCUGAAUGGACGAAUGCUAUUUCCAUGGUGCUAACGGGUGCAGCAUUUUACCAUAAAUACUUCAGCUAUCUGUACACGAACUCACUGCCAGGCAACAUGAAAUCGUGGGUCGACAAGCACAUGAACUGUGAGGACAUAGCGAUGAACUUCCUGAUAGCGAACGUGACGGGCAAGGCCCCGGUGAAGGUGACGCCGCGCAAGAAGUUCAAGUGUCCGCAGUGUAUCAACAACGAGAUGCUGUCGGCCGACCUGACACACAUGGUGGAGCGGUCUGAGUGUAUCAACCAGUUCAUGACCAUUUACGGAGCCAUGCCGCUCAAGAGCAUUGAGUUCCGCGCCGAUCCCGUCCUCUACAAGGACGACUUCCCCAGCAUCCUGAAAAAAUUCAACGACAUCGGAAGUCUUUAAUAUUAUAAUAUUAGUACAAAGACGACUUCCCCAGCAUCCUGAAAAAAUUCAACGACAUCGGAAGUCUUUAAUAUUAUAAUAUUAGUACAUGAACAACUUCUCCAGCAUCCUAAAAAAGUUCAACGACAUCAGAAGUAUUUAAUAUUAUAAUAGUAGUAUUAGAAUGACUUACCAGCAUUUAGAAAAAAUUUAACAUGGGAAGCCCUUGAUAUUAUAUUAGUAUUAUGGUGAUUUCCAUAUAAUUUAGAAAACAAUUGACGACAUUACAAGUCUAAUAUUAUAUUAAUAUUAGGAUGACUUCCUCAGCAUCCUAAAAACAUUUAAUGUCAUUGGAUGCUUUUGAUAUUAUAAUAUUAAUAUUUUAAUAUUAUGUUGUUGUUUUUUUGUUGACAACACAAGACGAGUUGAUGAAUAUUUAUUAUAGCUUUAUGGACUGCACAAAUGAUGCAUUUUUAUUCAAAUGCAUUUUUAUUCAAAUUAAUAUAUUAUCUCUGAUUACUAUUUUUAUUCACUGUGUAUUACCUUUGAAUUGAAUUUGACAGAGGGUGACAAGAAAGAUGAAUGAAAGUUUUUAUUUAACUUCAUGGACUUUAGAUACUGAUGGAAAGAAGUAAGGGAACACUUGGUAUCUUAGACGAAAUUUAAUUCACUACAACAGUAGUUAUGCCCAUGUAAAAUAUAACAGAUGUAAUGUGGGAUUGAAUAUCAGCACCAUGGCAUUGACACCCAUUAAUUAAGAUAACUUUCGAAUACCAUGGAUGCUGGUUUUAGUUGCAGUUGGUAUUUGCUGUUAUUAUUUAAAUGUUUCCUUCUUUCUUUCCAUAGGUAAACUUACUUUAAAGAGACUGUUCUGUUUGUUGCCAGUAUAAGAUGUUUCCAACGACAUGUACAGGUAGUCUCUCUAAUGACUGAAAUUGCAUACUCAAUACAGAGUGUUGCUUAGAAUGUCGGUGUCUGUACCUCCAGUGUGUCUCUGGUCAUCCUAAUGUUUAAAGUAAUCCAAACAUCAUUUUACUUUCUAUUUUAUAUUUGUAUGUACGGAGUAAGCUAGUAAAAUAUUGAUAUCAUGAGAUGUGGCAAAUGAUCAUGAUUAUUUCAAGCAUUUGUCUUGACAUUUUCUGUGGCAUGUGCUUUCUUGACUGUUGGAAAGUGCAUAUAAAAGAUCCUUUGCUACUAAUGGAAAAAUGUAGCAGGUUUCUUCUGAUGGCUACGUGUCAGAAUUACCAAAUGUUUGACAUCCAAUAGCUGAUGAUUAAUUAAUCAAUGUGCUCUAGUGGUGUCGUUAAACAAAACAAACUAACUUUUUUUUGUCUUUACAUUUCAGGACCUAUUCAUUACCCCACCCCCACCUCCUCAAAUAUGUUUGAUAUGUCUCGAAAAUCAUCACCAAAUUUUAUGUCUUGUUUCUUUUUGUUUUUAAACAAAUUGUCAGUAAUUUUAUUAGCUUUUUGUUAUUUGUAUAUUAACGUUUUUUAAACUUUUGUCAAAACAUUUUGUAUCAUAUAUUAAUUUUGUAUUCAUAAUUUGAUUCUAAUAUUGUUUCAUUACUAGUGUUCAAAACUGUGCCAAAAUUACUUUAUUUACAUAUUAAUAUUCAUGUACCAGUAUGCUUUAUUAAUAUGUAUUUUUAUGACAUUGCCUUUUGUAUAUACACAUGUAUGUAUGUACCAAUAAUAGCAAAUGAGUGGGUCG